CUGCACUAUGGGACCCUCAUGGGCAGCAGAGCUUGUGUCAAAAUGGCAGCAGCUGCCUGGAGCACUGUUUUUCUCUAUGCUGUGCUGCACACUGCUAACACAUUUUCAAUACCACUCUGCCAAGGCAAUGUCCUGGACCAGUUCUUCUGUGAAAUCCCCCAGAUCAUCAAGCUCUCCUGCUCAGACUCCUACCUCAGGGAACUUGGGGUUAUUGUGGUUAGUGCCUGUUUAGGCUUUGUGUGUUUCAUUUUCAUUGUGGUGUCCUACGUGCAGAUCUUCACUGCUGUGCUAAGGAUCCCCUCUGAGCAGGGCCGGCACAAAGCCUUUUCCAUGUGCCUCCCUCACCUGGCCGUGGUCUCCCUGUUCAUCAGCACUGGCACAUUUGCCUACCUGAAGCCCCCCUCCCUCUCCUCCCCAGCUCUGGAUCUGGUGGUGGCUGUUCUGUACGCGGUGGUGCCUCCAAGCUUGAAGGCUGGCUCUUCUUCCAAAGCUGGUGUCAAGAAUAGGCCCAAAGAAAUUAUGACCAAAGGGGCUGCUGCUGAUGGGGUUCUCCAUGGGUUCAGAAGGAAAAAGCUCAUAGUCAUGUAA